CUGAGAUUAGGGGCGGGGUUAGUAUGAGGUCCACUCGACCAAUGGGUGAAGCGCGUCUCCGUGAUUGACGUGUCACGUCAAAGGUGCUGCACAGUUGCGUCAAGAAGGACAGAAACAGAACACGCACCUCAGAACACACACGCAAGCGCGCAUCAGAUCACACACACACACACACACACAGACACACGCAAGCGCGCAUCAGAUCACACACACACACACACACACACGCACGCGCGCAUCAGAUCACACAUCAGGUUUCCCCUGCAUCUGAGAGACACGCGGAGAAUCCCGACACACAGCAGGGGCACACAGUGGACGCUGCUUAUUAGCGAUGACAUCCCACUGACACUGAACACCACCACCCGUCUUUCACAGCCUUGUGUUGACAUGGCAACAGGAAGGAAAAGCUCCACGUCCAAAGGCGGAGGUGUCCAUUUCCCAGACGAGACGGAGGACAAUGUCCUCAGUGACAGCGGUGAGGACACGCAGCAGGACAAGAUCAUCACCGCCGUAGCCGAGCCCGAUGGAGCUUACCUGGUCAAGGCAGGAUUCCUGAAAAUCCAACAUAAAUAUGAGAUCGUCUUCUCGAUCCCGCAAGUCCCCACUCUGGGAAAAGACACCGCACUCUCCCCGGCUUUACGCACCACGCCCAAACCGCGUCUGCGUGCCACCCGCAUCGUACCACGCCCUGAAGGAGGAGUGAAGGUGGUGUGUGAGUACAUCGCUCAGCAGGAAGGAGUGGUACAGGAUGAGCUCACACUCGUCAACAGAAGCAGGAGAGACAGCAGUGUUAAAGUCCGACUACACGCCAGAGUGAUGGACCCCCAUCACGGAACACCCAUGCUGAUGGAGGGAGUACGCUGUUUGGGACCUGAGGACAUCAGUUCAAAAACCAACAACAGAAAGAAGAUCUGAGCAAACGCUCCUUUCUGAGAGGAAUAAACAAACUCUGAGAACAUGCCUCAGAAUGCACUCGACUCGUAAUCAUGCCUAAAUCUGAUCCUGGACACCGUGUGAACAUGUUCUUUCAGGUUUAAGAUAAAUAUUGUCACUUAUAAAUCUGAUUCUGCUUACUUCAUAAAAGUGACGGUUGUCAGGAAAUCCUCGAGGAACAUGUGGUUUGUAGACAGUGUCAUAUUUGCAAUACUGCAUGUGUGCCAUACCGCAUGAAUCAGUGAAUCAUUUGGUUCAAGACUGAGAUUCACUCCUCUCUUGUUCAGCCAGUUAGUAUUUAAAUUAAUGAGUUCAUUGAGUUGCGACCGAGGUCCUUUGGUCAGAUCUGGAGAGUUCCAGCUUUUCUGUGCAUGCUGUAGUAAUGUGUGUAUUAGGUUGGAGUGCAAAAAAGAAUUCUUCUAAACACUGACAAUACAGCACAGUUAUUAUCUUCAUUGUGUUCUUAUUUUGGGUUUCACUUCAAAGCUAGUCAUUCAUACCACGUUCAUGAGAAUGCACGCUGCCACACAAACCUUACCAUAUAAGGUAAGAAUCUUACAGUAUUAUAGUUAUAAUGCAGUGCUUCCCAUUUAGUCAAGGGUUACUAAUUAUUUUUAACUACAAACUGCCUGGCACGAAGGUAGAUGAAUUUUUAUCCCUGAUUAAUAGACUUAUUAAUAGAAUAUCCCUGAUUAAAUGUUGCUUUAUAAAGAAGAUAUUAAAAACAAGAGCAUAUUAUUUUAUUAAUAAAUAAAAUGUUUCAAUCUAACAC